AUGGAUCCUCCACUCAAAACCAACCGGGCAUGUGAUGGCGAAAGACCACAAUGUCAAAUUUGCAUCCGCAAUAACGAGAAUUGUGUCUAUCCUGUGCGGAAAGCCCGGGCUCAUUACAAGCGGCGAAGGAAAGAUGGCGAAAGCCAACCGGCGCAGGAUCACGUGCAGGAAGACGUGUUGACCACAGGUGAAGCUGCAUUGAGUUCUACGGGACAAGCACUCUCGCCGCAAGAAGAACGGGAGCCAGCUUCGCUCAACCAGCGUCCCGUCGCUGCGACAGUGGUAGACAGCCUCACCGAUGGCCACGAUGUGGAGAACACGCUCGUCUUCUCCGGCGGGGACCAUAACCUGCAGUUCGACUGUAUUGACCAUGAUAUGUCCAGUUUCUUGACCGAAGCCUUUCCGGAUGUGUGGAAUCCGGAUGAAGGCCUUACAUUUGACCUGGGUCAACCGAGUCUGAUGAAUGGUCCACUGGAGCCAGCUACUGAUAGCAAUCACAGCGAUCAGACCCCCAAGAACACUCGCGGCAUAAACAUCGAGGUACCUACAGCGGUGGUUGAUGAGCUAAUCGAUUUGUAUUUCGAGAGAGUGCAGAGCUUUUUGCCCCUUUUCCAUCGGACGACGUUUUACGAUACUUAUGUCAACCUCCCUCCUCACGAGAAAUACGUGAAUUUAGAGCGGGACUCUGCUUAUGUACUAUACACGAUGAUGUCCCUGUCUGCUCGGUAUUCUUCCUUGCCGUAUCUUGAAAGCGCACACGCCAGAGACCACGGUAUCCCAUUUGCGCGGCAAGCCCGAGCACUCUUCGGCAGUGCGACACUCGCCGAUCCCGCGGCACUGACCCUAAGGUUGCUCCAAGGUACAAUUCUAUUCGCGUAUUACAACCAAUCGUCAAAUCUAUCCUGGGGAACUGACAUCCUGAUUGGGGUUUGUGUACGGUAUGCAUAUAAACUCGGCUUGCACGCGCUCGACGAAGACUACCUGAACAGCUCUGAGCAAUCGCCGAUACACCUACGCACAGAGCAGUGGAUAUUGAGAGAAGAAAAGCGGCGAGCGUGGUGGUCUGUCUGGGAGCUUGACACGUUCGACGCCAUCAUCUGCCGGCGGCCUUUUGCGAUUGCCAGGCAUCGCAUUCACGUCCUGUUACCCGUGUCUGACGCUGCAUGGUUCUCGGGAUCACAGAUUGCGUCGCCCAUGUUUGAUCCAGACAUCUCGCGGUGCUGGAAAUGCCUGGAAGAUUCUCCUAACCAAGACGAGAGGGCUUGGUUUCUUGUCAGUAACUACAUCAUGGCGUACAUGCACGAACAAGGCCAAAAGGCGCCCUCGCCUAAACCGAAUAUCGAGGAGAUGAGGACUAUUCUUGCGUGCUUUGUGCUCCUUGCUGAUGAGAAACUACGCCGCCCGGUCGACUACAGCGUUGAAACGAGCAACUGGAGGAUUUUGAUGAAACUGAUGACAAUUUCGAGCACCCUCAUUCUCGGCCUAUUGGAAGGAAAUACCCUCUCCACGCCUGUGUUUACAGGGUCAAAUCGUAUGUCCUCUACGCUGCUGCAAGGAUCUAUAGCUCGAGGCCACUCUAGCACGAGCGGAAGUCUCGACAAAUUCCGUGAAUUGAUGGCACAAUUCUUUUGGACUUUACGGUCCUGGCAUCCGGAGCACAUCGCAUAUGCCCCUCCAACUAUGGCUUGUCUUAUCCUGGGGCCUGGAAAUAUGUCCCUUAGAAUGGCGAUACGGUCGCGGAAGCCAACCGAUACCCAUUCAACUGGAGCUCAAUCGUCCCUGGAAGAAGAUCUUUUGACGCUUAUACUCACCCACUUUGCGCGGUAUUGGAAUAUUGGGCAUCACAUUUUGAAGUUUGUGCGAAAUUAUUAUGCGAAACAUUCUGGCGUCGACCAAGAGAGGCAAGCAUGAAAAUGCUUCUGAACUCAGUUGCCCAAGGAAAAGCUCCGAAUAUGAAAGCAACCCCAUAAAACAGCUUCGUACCCACGCGGUUUUGCGGAUCUAAGACGAUCGUUGCUCGGCCUUGGUAUUGAUAAUGCUAUUUUCACUGGGCUGGGCUGAAUGGAGCAAUCCCUCGAGAACAGGACGCCAGCAUGAGCAAGAAGCUGAGAGGUGCUGCUGAAUCAUCACGUCUUCCCGUUUCCUGUCACGAGGUGGCAAUUGGGCUCGAGGCCAACAACUGGGCAAAAUCCUGCUUUCCCAGCCCCAACUUGACCGAAUUCAUAUGGGUGAUAUCCUCAAGCUGACUGAGACCUAUAUGACGUGGUAACUCCAAUCCAGACUCUUCUGGCACCUUGUGGGACAGCAGAUGAACGCUUUGUUGCACUUUCAAAGAUCGCUAGUAAUUCUCCCUUUAUUUCUUUUGCUGUACCGGUGACAACUUCCC